AUGUUGUUUAGUAAGCUACAUAUAACAUAUUUUUUGUUACUAAAUACAUUUGUGAAAAAUGGAAAAACUCAAAAAGAUGGGACGUAUGACGAUAAAAAUAAAGCAAAUAUUGGAAGAAGAUUUUUAGAAGACUUAGACGAUAAAGAAUGGCAUGUUGCACAUUUAAGGACUAUGGACUUAUCUCAUGAUGAUUGUGAAAAAACCUUCGAAGAUAAAGCAAAAAAGUAUAGAGACACAUUGAAAAAUGACGCGGCUUUAGUUAAAUUCGUUUCUGGAGAUGCUAUUCCUGCUCAAACCCACAAUUUAUCUAGAGAUAAAUGUGAAAGAAAUUUAAGUAAUGCUUUUUAUUCCAAUGUAAAAAAGAAAAAUGUCUUGAAAAUGAAUGAAACUGAAAUCAAAGAUCAAUCCAAAAAUUUGACAAGUUUAGAUGGUGAUGUAGAUUCAGCAACUACUGCUAAUAAUUUAGCUACGCACGGCUCGAACACUGUAAACCGAACACAGCAAAGGCGCAGCGAAUAUCAAUUUAGUUCUGUCGAAUACUACGAUGACGUCCAAGAUUUUGAUGAAUCAAUUUGCCCAAAUACUGUUGAAAUAAUUGAGUUAGAGAUAGAUCAGCUGCGUAGUUACGAUGUACAAUGUGAGGCUAUCGUUGAAUGGAGAAGCUUAGAG